AUGGAGUUUAUUUUUCCAGAUGAUCACAGAUCAAAUGAGCCUGCCUCUGAGCACAUUGAGUCUGCGCAUAUUGACCAACAAGAUUGUGACAGUAAAAAGUCCGCAGUCCACGUUGCAACGCCUUUGGUAAAUGAGCCAACCAGAGCUUCGAAAAGCCUGCAGUCUCUAAGUACAGCACUUCGCAGAACAUUCGACUCCAUACGAGAGAAGAAGGGCGAUCAUGACCCAUCCAUCCUCUCCUUCACAGAGGCAAGUAUAGUCCUUCCAUAUUAUCAGGUAGGAAAGACUGACAUGCGGCGAGUCAGUCUCGGUCUUUAUGCUAUAUACGUCUUCUUAGCAUCAAGCUGGGUGGCCAACAAACUGGAAUUUGGGUUUGAAUACAGCAACAAGGUGUAUACUCUGGAUGAGGCGUCUACGGCACCGGGUUUAGCAGCAGUGAUUCGAAAGACACUCCCUGCCGAGAAGUUUCUGUUUCGAUUCACUGAGCCGUUUGACAAUUCCAUAGAUUGUGCGCUUGCUAAUGCAAUCCGUGCUGCUCCAUCCCUGAUUCAAUAUCCUAAAGGGUUCUACUCUCUAACCGGGGUGUUUGCGGAUCCAGGACUUAACCGUUACUUAAUAGAUGAAGCGCUGAGUUAUCAGUAUGGGAUCUUGGACGGUCUUGUGGCCCGGGGAGUUGUGCAAAGAAAAAAGCGGCUCUUUUCUACGUCGUAUCAGUUUUCGUCCACCAUCAUACCCGUGCUAACAUGCCUAGUGCUGCAUGUACGGAGCAUAAUGUUAUCUAAUUUUAGCUCUAACAGGCAGGAUGAUGAGAGCGAAUUCAGCAAGUUAGAUUGUGAAACAUACAAAUUGGCGGCGUUGUACUCUGCUUUCAGUAUUUCUAAGCUUUCAGUAGACUACGAUCCCAGCUUCCAGAUUCCUCGGGCCAACAAGUCCAGACUGUCGGACCGCGUACGCAUGCUUGCUAGCAUGGCGGUGUUUCUUUGGAAAUCUCCAGCUUUGAUGUUACAGCCAGAGAACGUAAAGGCUCGAGACGCUGUAGGGGCUUCCCUGCUAGGGGAAGCGAUGGCACUGGGCGUCCGCGUCUCCAAUAGCGUGUUGUGA